AUGGUGGUGCUUCCACAUGCAGCGGCUUCUCUCGUUUUUUUGUCUUGUGAGUCGCAGUGUUUUCGUACAUCUUCAUCGCGUCUACAUAUCUUUAAGUGUGCAUACAGUUGUGAUUUUCUACUCGAUGUCAGCAGAACCACUUUUUUAGAGUUAAACUCUGCGCACGCCGAAGACCUGUGGGAUCUCGGUUUGCUCCGGUGGCCUUCACCAUCAACGACCCCCACUGCUGUGUCUUGCCCACAGCGGAGGUGCCACAAGCGGUGUGAGAGGAAGCAGAAGAGGGCAACAUGGCUCAGCAACAGCGUUCCAGACUGCGCUAUUCAGCUCAAUCAAGUGAUAUGCUAUCGAGUGGACAGAGUCCUCAUCGCAGAAGAGGGAAUAUUCAGCCAUACUGUUGUUGCUGUAUACAUCCCUCCCUGCUCCAACAACAACAACAGGAACGAGGCACUAAAUGAACUGUACCAGCACAUCAGUGAGCAGCAGAAAGCCCACUCUGAUGCUUUUAUCAUCUUAGCUGGGGAUUUCAACCAUGCAGACUUAAAGAGUGUGUUCCCAAAAAUACCCCAACACAAUAACUUUCCAACACGAGGUAAAAACACUUUGGACUUUGUUUUUGGAGCUUACAAGGCCGUCCCCCAGCUCCACCUUGGUGCCUCAGAUCACUGUAAUGCAAAUGCCUGCAUACAGAAUUCUCAUUAAAGUCGCCAAACCAGUUCACAAACAAAUACAAGUGUGGCCAGAAGGGUUGUCAGAGGCUCUUCAAGACUGAUUUGACACCACUGACUGAAAUAUGUUUAAGCAGGCUACCACAUACAAUAACACAACAGAUCUCCAAGAGUACUCAGAGACUGUCACUACCUACAUCACCAAGUGUAUUGAUGAUGUAACAGUCACAAAGUCCAUCACUGUCACUACCAUUCUCAUGAAGUGCUUUGAAUGGCUAGUCAUGCUCCACAUCAAGUCUGCCCUCACACUCUCCCUGGACCCCUUCCAGUUUGCAUAUCGGUCCAACCGCUCGACCACUGAUGUCAUCACCACUACCCUCCAUUCAGUAGUCACACAUCUGGACAAAAAAAGACUCAUACGUCAGAAUGGUGUUCAUAGAUUUAAGUUCAGUAUUCAACACAAUCAUCCCUCAACAGGUCAUUCAC